ACGGGGAUGUGGCUGCUGUCGGUCUGGUGCCGCUCGUCAGGCUGUAUCUGUGCGGAGUGAAAGUUCUUCUCUAUCAGAUGUUCAACAGAUCUUUGACGCUUCCAGGUACUCAAUAGGUGAAGGCAUCCAACUGGAUUGCUUACUGAAGGAACCAAUGGAGGGUAAAAGUUCAGGACCUUCAUGCUCUGGCCUCAAUCUGGUUGCGCACCCACGGGCAAAAAGCAAAGUCUGGAAAUACUUUGUUGACACAGAUGCAGAUGGCUGCAUAUUGCACUGGAAACGGAUUAUACUGCCGUGUAUGAUGAGUCAAAUUGCUUCCGGAAACACCUCCAAUCUGUCAUACCAUCUUGAAAAGAACCACCCUGUAGAGUUCAGUGAGUAUGUGAAGAGCAACACGGAUCAGAUGCGUGAGGCGUUUGCCUCGGCAUUCUCCAGAUAAAGACUGAGCUUCAGGUCUUCAUGUUCAGCAACAGUCCCAGGACCAAACAUAAGGCAGAGCUUAGGCUAUGAAAACAGAAGACACAAUGACUUGACUGCUGCUGUCAUCAACUUCAUCUGCGAGGGUUUGUACCCUGUAUCUGUAGUUGAAGAACCGACUUUCAAGACCUUAAUGAGUACCGUUGAUCCUGGGUACUCUCCACCAAGCAAGACUGACCUGUUAGUUAAAAUGCCUCAGAUGUAUGCCGUGCCCAGGGACAUGGUCUUUAGUGAGCUUGCUAGUGUUGUGAAUUGUGGUGUUACUACAGACCUUUGGCAAAGCCAAACCCAGAAUAGAACGUACAUUUCACUCUCUAUGCAUUCAGUUAAUUACAACAGUACUACUGGCUUCUCUAACAACAAGUGCCUUAAAACCUUUGACGUACAAGAGGACACAGCUGAGAACAUCACCAGAGCGAUGUAUGAAACUUUUGUUGAGUGGGGAAAUAACCCACAAAGUUAGCGGUGCCACCACAAAUGGUUCAGUGGACAUGUCAAAGCAUGCUCACUCCUGGAACUAUCAGUGGAAAUGCCUUGCCUUGGACAUACCAUCAACCGUGCAAUGGACGAAGCCUUCCAGCUGCCACGAGUUGACUGUUUUUUGGUAUGUUGCCGCAAACUUGUGGAUCAUUUCAGAGAACCGUCAAUGUAUCUGCUGAGGGAGAAACAGAAGCAGCAUGGCCUUGCUCAAUGUGUACUCAUUACAGACAGGGGUAGGUCUUGGUUGGCAACGUUGGCAAUGCUGCAAAGACUGAAACAGCAACAGGUUGCUAUAACUGCAACACUUACAGAGAGUUCCAGCAGCCACCAUUUUCGACUUUGGUGUCCUGACUGGGCCUUGUUGGAGGGCUUGACUGAAAUCCUCCAGCCUUUAAUUGUGGCAAACAUGAUAACUUCUUGCAGGUACCCAAUUAGCAUGGUUAGGCCUGUGCUUCAUAUGCUGUUGAACACCACCCUCAAGUCAGGAAGGGGACUCAAAGAGAUCAGCAUGACCAAAGAGGUCAUCUCAAGGUCCUAUCAAGCACCUAAUUCACAGAAUUCACAACUAUCGCAAGAAAUUUCAAUAUUCCUCAACAGUACCUUCCUGGAUCCUCGUACAAAGAAGUUGCCUUUCCUGUCCACCCAGGAACGCACCAAAGUUGAGAAUAACAUAAUUGAAGUAGGCAAAGGCAGUCCUUGAGACAGCAGAUUGCAGAGCGACCAUGCCAGAUGAUUUCUCUUGUAUCUGAGGCCACCUAGCAAAAAAACAUACGAGAAUCCUCGACCAGCAGUGUCCCACGACAACCCUUUGGCUGCUAUAUUUUGCCAGUCUGAUGCAGACCACAGCCAGGAGGAACUGCAUGCACAAGUGGUAGAGGAGCUGAGCAACUACAAAUCACAGAGAGUCCUAGGUUUAAAUGAGGACCCUUUAUGGUGGACAAGUCAUGCACCUGUUCCCCACCCUCCCAAGGUGCUCCAGAAGUACUGGUGUGUUCCUGCUACAAGUGUACCGUGUCACAGCGUUCACUCUCUUGACUGUUUUGUGGGGAAGAGGAACCGCGUUAUUUGCUCCAGCUUUUAG